CUUGUAUGAAGUGGAGCAGAACUCCAGUGGUCACGGCCAUGUCCAGCACAAAGAUAUCUCGACCAGAACCACUGACCCGGAUUCACCGAGACGUGGGAGUCCAUUCCUUCAUGCACUUCGGCACCAACCGCAGAUCAGGAUGCAUUCUCAGGAUAACGUUCCUCUAAAGGGACAUGUUUCGACGGUUGCCCCUCAUGUGAUGCUUAUCACCUACCCAGGUAUCUUAUGUAUAUAAAACGACCAAGUGGUUGUCUUUCCGUAAACGCUUCCUUUCUGACCACUGAAAAGAGUCGCUCGUUAUAUCUACUUCUUACAGCUUCAUCUGCACCAUACACGACGAUCAUGCAUUCCUCAAUCUUCCUCGCUCUAGCAGCUGUAGCUUCAGCCACACCCCAGGCCCUCGAAGCUCUCGCUCUCUAUCCCGUCGCUCAGGUCCUGCCCGUCCCAGGCUACAACAACGCCCCUGAUGGCUUCAACAGCCUUGCCACCCUCUACUCGAACAGCGCAAGUCAACUAUCUGCUCGUGCCGACUCAAUUGCUGGAACCAACGCCGUGAUCAGCAGCACUGGAGCCGUUCAAGCCUCGUACGACGUCAAAAACAACUUGACCUCCACUCUGCUUGCUGUGAACAACCUGUUCUGGCAGACGACGUACGACACGGAGAAGAAGAUCUGCUCCAUCAUCACCUCCAUCAACCAGCAGAACGUCGACGGCGUGAGGGGAAAUCUGCGCACUGGUAUCUCCGCAGAAGUCCAGGCUAUCAUCAAGAUCACCCGAACUCUCUUAGCCACCGUCCGCGCCAUCAACGCCCAGGCGACACUCUUCGUCGAGGCUGAGAAAGCCAUCGUAGCAACGCUAAUCCAAGCCAUCGUCACCGCCGCAACCGCGAGCGUCGAGCCAGCCGGGCGACUGAGCGCAGGCCUGACUUCCGUCGGCAUCACGGGGAUUAGCGAUGUUGUCCAGACGUUCCAGAGCGCGGUUGCGUCGCUUCAGACUGCGGCUACUAUUACUUGGGAGACGGAGUAGAUUGAUGUUAUGUGAGAAAGCCGAGGGAACUGGGAAAGAAACUGGCUCUGGGUUGGAAAUGAAAUGUGAUAGGACGAGAGGGCACAGAAUGAAAU